GUAAGCUCCUCUUCUUAAACUAGUGUUCUGUCUUUGAUAUUUGUUAUGGUUGAUUGUACAAAAUCUCAAAACAAAACUUGAUGCAGCCGAAAAAGAAGUAGGUCUUAACUUAUCGAAGAUAUGGAUCCUUGCAUCUACAGAGUACCAAGGCAAAUGCGCGAUGUGAAACCCGAAGCCUAUACACCUCGGAUGGUACUCAUCGGCCCGCUUCAUCUUUCUGUCAAACUGAAACCAGGGCUUCUAGAAAAUGAAUAUAAGAAGAUGGAGGAGAUAAAGCGGAAGUACUUAAAAUCAUUCAGCGAAAGAGUCGGGGAAGAUAUCGUUACAAAAAUAAAAGAAACGAUACAAGCGGAAGAAGAAAACAUUCGGGCACGGUACGAGGACCCGAUGAAUUUGAUAUCAUCUGAAAAUUUCGUGGACCUUAUUCUUCAGGAUUCAGUAUUCAUCAUGGAGUUCAUUAUCAAACUUCAAGAAUGUCGUGGAAGUUCAGGUGACCUGAUCGUGGACCGCGACAUUUACACCUCGAUAGUGAUUAAAGAUCUCAUCAUGCUCGAGAACCAGCUUCCUUAUUUCAUUUUCGAUAAAUUGUUUGGUCCUUAUUUGAUGGAGUUCUGGGGAUACGAGACGCCCGCACGACUCAUCCUCGAAUCGUUUUCCAUACACAGAAAGAUCAAACCGGAUACAAACUUCAAUCAUUUCACAGACAUUUUCAGGUGUGUUUAUGAGGAAUCGCUUUACCAAUCUCCAGAGCUAAACGACUUGAGUGGGCCACCCAUCGUCGAUAUGAAGAGCGCGGUUAAUUUAUCCCAUGUAGGAGUGGAAUUCAAGGCAUUUCAUCUCUUGAACUCCUCAAAGCAAGACGGGAUCCAACGCCUGUUUUUCCGGAAUCAACAGCCGUUGGACUCGCUUCCGAUCUCCAUGAGAAAAGAGGUUGAUGAUUACUCGCUGCAUAUGGUGUUUAACAAAGGUUGCUUAGUGAUGCCAAGCUUCCGUACGGACGAUACUUCUGAUAUCAUUUUAAGAAAUGUCAUUGCGUAUGAGCAGUGCCAUGCUGAUGUAAAACCCUAUACUUCUAACUACAUAAACUUCUUGAAUUUCCUAAUUACUAACGAUAAAGACGCCGAGGUACUCACAACGGAAGGGGUGCUAAUGAGCGGUAUGGGUCGGCCGAGCUUUGCGGUGGACAUGGUAAACAAGUUAAACCUUGGCCUGAAGCCACCGGAGAACUCCCAAUAUUACAGCAUAGCAAUGAAUCUCAGAGCUCACUAUACAUCUCGCAGAAAAAGGUGUUGGGCCACUCUCAACAAAGUCUACUUCAACGACUUGUGGACCGGAACAGCUACAAUGGCCGCAAUACUUCUCUUGUUUUUUACUCUUGUUGGGACCGUCGCUUCUGUUCUCCAAGCUUACAAAAGCUUCUAACUUCUAACCUUUUAUAUACACUAUGUUGAUUAAAGACACUCCUCACACACUCUCUCUCUCAUUUUAUAAUUUCUG